CUCUUGACAGCUGUGAGAGAGUGAGUGAGUCCAGCAGCAGCCGCGCGCGUGCGGGGUGAAGAGUCCCUCAAACUUGCGGCCGGGAUUUAAUCAUGAUUCACGGAUCGGCUUGCUAAAGAUUCGCGGGUUUUGUCGUGAAUCGUGCGGAAGGAUGUACCGUCUGUUGUCGCUGGAGCGCGGGCGUCGGAAGCGAAGGCUCGAGCUCAGUCUGGCGGGACUCUGUGAGCUCGAGAUGCUCAAGCAGCGGCACGAGACUCUCAUCAGCCGCGCGCUCGCGCUGCACGCACCCGACAGUCUGAACCGGGCGCUCGAGGACUGCAGCCCGCGACGCCCGUCGCAGGACACCUCAUGGAGUCUGAUGAAUCUUCUACAGCAUCAGGUUGGAGAGUUGAGGGUGGAUACAGAAGUUAAUUCAGUGGAGUCCUCUGCUGAUACUGAAGACCACAGAUCAGUAUUGUGUGAACAGAUUGAUAGUCAGUCUUCAGUCAGUCUGUUGGACUCUUCUGGUCUCAGUGAGAUCUCAUCAUGGGCCGCUCACCCUGUUCAUCUUACAGAGAGAUCCAAGUCUGUUAGUGAUGUAUUUGGUGUCGGUCGUGAAGGGAACAGUGGGGUACGAGCUGUGUUCCCCCGCUCUCUCUCUUCACCUCACCCCACACUAGAGGGCAUCACAGAGGGCAUCGGGGAGGACGAGCUGUGGACCUGGAGGUCCAGUGAGACCACAGAAGAGGAACUCACAUCAGAAGACUACAGACAGACCCAACAUCUGGAAACGUACAUCCUCAGCCUGAUCCAGCGCCGUACACUACCUCUCAGACCCAAUAAGCCCCGCACCAGCCUGGGACCUGAGGCCAGAGGAGUGGUCAGACAGAGCAGUCUGUCCCGUAAAGAGUCGCCCUACAGCCCCGAGCGGCGCAAGACCUCUCCCAGCCCGGAUAGACAAGCGUGGACGCGUCACGGCCUGGACGAGGAGCGCUACGGACGGUCGCCUGCCGAGGAGCAACAUGUGCGUUACUCCAAACCUGCGCUCGCUGGCAUUCGAUCUACUUCACUGGAUUUUCCAUGCAGAGUUUUGGACCCUAGCAGCAGUGAAACCGAAUCACCGCAACACUUCCAGGGUUACCCGUCGCCUCGCUCGCCCUCCUCAGAUGAGCAGCUGGUAAACGGACAGUACAUCCCAGCACAAUCGUGCCACGCUCAAGCGAGAGCCGCUUCUCCCCGGGCGCAUGUCACCCCUAAAUCUACCCGUGGCACAUACUCCCCCGAGAGGGUCCCCGGAAAGACGAGGGCCACGCCGAAGAAGUGUCGCUUCACAGAGGAAAAGGUCACGUCGAAGAAGCCGAGCCGAAAGGCCUGCCGCUCUCAGUCAGAGAACAGUUUACUGGGCCAGCGGGUUUCAGAGCGAAAAUAUAACACGGUGGAGCGGGAUGCAGGCCGAAGCUCUCAGCCCAAAACGCGCCGCGCACAAGGCUCUUCCGGUCACCGCCGGUGGCGUUCCACGCUGGAACUGAGUCAGGAUGAAGCCGAACCUCCCCCCGAACAACCGAUCAGGCGCUCCCGCAAACCCAGACCCGCCCCGUCUCCCUGCGUCUCACAGCACCAUCAUCCGCCUCACCUCCGCGCCGAAUACUCUCAGCGCAUCCCUCUGUGUCUCCCGGAGGAGGGAUACUCUCACCCCGUCGCAGGAGAGUCCGAGUCCAGUCUGAGUGAGGCGGAGUCGCCCGGGUCCAGUUCACUCUCCAGUGAUUCGGAUGAGAGCGGAGGUUUAGUUUGGCCACAGCAGCUCCCACCUCAGCUGUCACCUCCCUCUCCUCCACCCGCCGCUGGAACAUCACUGCAACCCAAAGCCUUUGUUAAGAUCAAAGCAUCACACGCACUCAAGAAAAAAAUCCUGCGAUUCAGAACCGGAUCUCUCAAAGUUAUGACCACAGUAUGAGCGAGAAGCAUAAACAGCACCAGUUAUAUGAGCUCUGUUUGAAAUACUACCUGUAUUUAAUUUUUUACUCUUUCCAUUAUAUGCAAUGGAUCAAUCAUUUAUUGCCUUAAUGCUCUAAUUUACUAAAAAAAGCAGCUUUACUGUGCGUUCAUACCAGAUGCGAAUAAAGUGAAUAAAUCGUGCGUAGUUGGACGCUUGAACAUUUUGAGUUAACUCGUGUCUUUCGCGCGUGAAAUUUGCAUCAUUUGCACAGGAAAUUCAGACGUGAAUACACUCAAUUUGUUGGCUUUAGCUAGCUUGUAGUGUCAAAAUGUAUAUAUAAAUAUAUAUAUAGCUCAAAUUGAGUAAAGAGCAUUUUUUACAAUUUACCAGAUUGUCCGAUCUCCUCACUCACUCUUUUCCAAGCAAGAUCCUUUUUAUUCCUGUUUCGAUAAAAGUAUGAAGAUGUGUCGUACAGCAACAAUGAUUUUGUCCUUCAUUGUUGUUUCGUAUUUCUGCCUCUGCACGCUACAUCGUAAUCACGUCACUACUAGAGCAAGCUCCUGAUUGGUUAACGCAGUGCGAAUAUCCGCCAAAGUUCAGAUUUUUAAGCCUGUGCAAAUCGACGUGCCAAAUGGAUCAAGCGCCCAAAACGGUCAAUUCACACGAAUCACAGCGCAGGGUGUCUAUUGCGUCUUUGCAUUGAUUUAACAUGUAAAUCGCUUGCACUUAACGCUUCAUUCGCGUCUGGUGUGAACGCACCAUUAGAUUACAGACAUUAUUUGUUUUUGCCCAAUUCACUUCAUAUCUCAUUCUGUCAUUUCAUUGGAGGGUCCUGUAGGGUUUAACUUGUUCAAAAUCAACUUAAGGAUUAAAAAAGAGACAUAAUUCAUAAACUCAGUCCUAACAAACACAGACUGUGAAUGGUCAUGGGCGCUCGUAUGAUUAUUCAAAUAUUUAUUUGUUUGUUCCAAUUAUAUGGCAACAUACUACAGAGGAGCUGAUUGUUAUUUGCAGGUGCUUUUAAAUAUAUUUUACAGAUUGACAACAUCUUCUGAUGGGUGGAUGUCAGACAACACUGUACAGUCACAGCACACACGCGCACGCACGCACACACACGCACACACACGCACGCACACACGGACACACGUGUGUUCAUGAUGAUGUCAUAACUCUAAAUAUCAGUAUUAUGUUCCUCACGAGAGAGUUUGUAUUUAUGAAUGUAAUCUGUAAAUAAAGACCCGGGAGCAUGUGUUGUUCUGAAGAUCACAUCACAUUCAGAGUCUUUAAUGAGAUUAAACAAAUCAUCUCACAUCUGAUUUAAGAUUCAUUUUCACAAGCAACACAAAGUUCACAUCAGAGUAAAAAUAUUACAGCCCAAUAUGAA